CCACUCUCCACGCUCAAAUUCUUUCGCUGGCCUCGCUCAGCACCCAUCCUCCACUGCUCUCCAGACACCACCCUCGCUUUCCUCUGCUGCUUAAGCCGCCAAAGAACUGUUCGGCCAUGGCCGCCACAGUUUCAACCAUUGGUCCUGUCAACAGAACACCGUUGAGCUUGAACAGUUCUGGUUCAGGGGGAUCAGUCCCGGCCUCAGCCUUCUUUGGGAGCAGCUUGAAGAAGGUGAACUCCAGAGUAACAUACCCUAGACUUACAUCUGGAAGCUUCAAGAUUGUUGCUUCUGAGCCUGAAACUGAUGAGGAGAAGCAGACAGACAAAGACAGAUGGAAGGGUCUGGCAUAUGAUAUCUCUGAUGACCAACAGGACAUCACCAGAGGAAAGGGAAUGGUUGAUUCUCUCUUCCAAGCGCCCAUGUAUUCUGGUACCCACUACGCAGUCAUGAGCUCAUACGAGUACCUCAGUCAAGGACUUCGCCAGUACGAUUUCGAUAACACCAAGGAUGGGUACUACAUAGCUCCUGCUUUCAUGGACAAGCUUGUGGUUCAUAUCACCAAGAACUUCAUGUCACUCCCUAACAUCAAGGUUCCUCUUAUUUUGGGUAUCUGGGGAGGCAAAGGUCAGGGUAAAUCUUUCCAGUGUGAACUUGUCUUUGCCAAGAUGGGAAUCAACCCCAUCAUGAUGAGCGCUGGAGAAUUGGAAAGUGGAAAUGCAGGAGAGCCAGCAAAAUUGAUCAGACAAAGGUACCGCGAGGCAGCUGACAUCAUCGCCAAGGGCAAAAUGUGCUGCCUCUUCAUCAAUGAUCUUGAUGCAGGUGCUGGUAGGCUUGGUGGUACUACUCAAUACACUGUCAACAACCAGAUGGUCAAUGCAACACUCAUGAACAUUGCUGAUAACCCAACAAAUGUUCAGCUUCCGGGUAUGUACAACAAGCAGGAAAAUGCCCGGGUUCCCAUUAUAGUCACUGGUAACGAUUUCUCAACACUGUAUGCUCCUCUCAUUCGUGAUGGGCGUAUGGAGAAAUUCUACUGGGCUCCCACUCGUGAAGACCGGAUUGGUGUUUGCACUGGUAUAUUCAGGAGUGACAAUGUCCCAACAGAAGACAUUGUCAAGCUCGUUGACACCUUCCCUGGCCAGUCUAUCGACUUCUUUGGUGCACUAAGGGCUCGAGUUUACGAUGAUGAGGUGAGGAAGUGGAUAUCUGGUGUUGGAGUUGAGGGCAUUGGCAAGAGGCUUGUCAACUCGAAGGAGGGUCCCCCAACCUUCGAGCAGCCAAAGAUGACUAUUGAAAAGCUCCUUGAAUAUGGAAACAUGCUUGUCCAGGAGCAAGAGAAUGUGAAGAGAGUUCAAUUGGCUGACAAGUACUUGAAUGAGGCAGCUCUUGGAGAUGCAAACGCAGAUGCUAUGAGGACCGGAAACUUCUAUGGCAACGCAGCUCAGCAAGUUAACAUACCUGUUCCUGAAGGUUGCACCGAUCCACUUGCCGCAAACUUUGACCCAACAGCAAGAAGUGACAAUGGAAGUUGCCAGUAUUCUUGAACCUAAGUCAUUUUCAGCCUUUUAUGUACUUGGCUUGUAAGUGAAUUCUAAGACUAGAAAGAAAUCAUGAUGUUGCUGCCUUUCUAUUAAUAAGAUUGCUCUUAAAUUUUGUUGUAAUAUAAAUUUUUUAUCUGCU